GGAGCAAGAAGACCUAACGAAAAACAAACAACCUCUGACAGGAGGUUGGUGUGCGUCCAGCGGUUCGGCGUCUCGAUCCCCUCUCGGCCGGCCGACGCGAGUUCAAAGACUGCUGCGGUCAGUGUGUUGCUGCUGUGCUGGAGGACAAUGCUGCGUCCGGUCGCACUUUGGGUUCUGCUGGCGCUGGCAGUCCGACCCUGUCUGCCCUCGACCAGUCCCUCGCCGCCCCUCACCACCACAGAGAUGCAGAACGUCUCCUUAUCAACAAUUCCGGGCACCACCCCUGAAAAAUCAAGUCCUUUGACCACUUCUACGAGUCCCCCACCACUUUUAACAAUUACCCCUCCGAUUUCUUCAUCCUCCCCUCCAAAUUCUUCAACAUCCCCACCGGAUUCUUCAACUUCCCCUCCGGAGUCUUCAACUUCCCCUCCGAGUUCUUCAACUCCCCCACCACUUGUGUCAAGCGCAACCCCCACCACCUUUUUUCCGGUAACAACCGGUUUGACCGAAACCACUUCACCUCAGUUGACCUUGGGGCCGACGGUGGUGGCCGCUGACGAGGUGGAGGGGGCGGUGUGGCCCGUGAAGAGGGAGGCCGUCGUCGAGGGCGACCUGGUGCUCGGGGGGCUGAUGAUGGUGCACGAGAGGGAGGACUCGAUCACGUGCGGGCCCAUCAUGCCCCAGGGCGGCGUGCAGGCCCUCGAGGCCAUGCUCUACACCGUCGACCGCGUCAACGAGGACAAAAACUUCUUCCUCGGCUUCACGCUCGGCGCCUACGUGUUGGACGACUGCGACAAGGACACUUACGGCCUAGAGAUGGCCGUCGACUUCAUUAAAGGCUCGAUCAGCAACAUCGACGAUGCCGAAUUUCACUGCAACAAGACGCAAGUGCGGAAGGUCAUCUCAGGCGUGGUCGGCGCCGCCUCCAGCGUCACCUCGAUCCAGGUGGCCAACCUGCUGCGCCUCUUCAAGAUACCGCAAGUGUCGUUUUUCUCAACAAGCCCCGAGCUGAGCAACAAGCAGCGCUUCGAGUACUUCACGCGCACGAUCCCGAGCGAUCAUUACCAAGUGAAGGCCAUGGUCGAUAUCGUGGGUCGCAUGGGCUGGAAGUACAUCUCCAUCCUCUACGAAGAGUCCAACUACGGCAUCAAGGUAACUCGCCCUUUUCGCAAAGCUGUCUCGAGUCGUUUUCACUCCAUUUUCCUGACUCGCUUUUUCUCCCAAAAAAGACCAUCAAAGUUGAUUUUCCUCAUGCUUUCCCUUUCUUUGCUCGCCGCAGACGUUUGCCGAGACGUCCCUUUGUGCCAUUUUUUUUAUUCUCUUUCUCUCCGGAAAGCGGAAAAAUGAUUUCUCUGCCCUUUUUCGGACCGCUAUAAAAAAAAAAUAAUAUUUUAUUUCGGCGGAUACGAUCUAAUGAAUAGAUGGCGUGCUUCCGGCUAUCAAAAUAAAGAGUUGCUAUCUCCAUUUUCGUGUUUCUCGCAAAGUGCUCCGCCGAUGAAGUGGCAUGUCAAAACAG